ACACGGUCUCAAAUGCAACACGGACAUCACUACAAUCGGCUUUCUGUUUGAUAUUUUUCCACCGUGAAAUUACCGUUAGAUUUUAUCUCUCCCGGUUCUGUGGUUCUUUAGUCUUAUUCACUGCUUUAAUCAAACGUUAACGGACACUCGGUGGCGGACAAAGCGGACCGAAAAACGGGGAGAUAUUUGAACCCGGAGCUUUGGAGCGUGAGAACCGCUACAUGCUACGUGUACAGUAAUAACAACUUGGAGGCCAGAAACCGCUUUUAAAGAACAUGGAUUAUUCUCUUAUUGUGACUUAAAUAAGCAAAUGUUUUCCGGCUCUAAGGGGCCGGGGGGAGUUUGGGUGGAGUUAGCAGAAAGUUAGCAUGGAAGACAAUGUGAAGGAAGAUGAAACACUGAUGUGAAAAACUACAUUUACCUUUUUGUUUUUGAAGAGUUUGUGUUUUUAAAAUUUAAUCUCGAAUCACAUCUGGGUUUGAAGAUGAUGUACUCAUCCAGGAGGAAGCCUGUCCUCUACUUCAAAGAGGAGAGAAGGUUCCUCUCCGGUAAAUGCACCGUGUACAAGCUGUUCGGGCUGUGCAUGGUGCUGCUGCUCGUCUCUCUGCUGUGGCUGCAGCUCAGCUGUUCGGGGGAGAUGUCCUCCCCCCUGCAUGAGGAGCGCCGCCUCCCCCCGCAGCCUCCCUGCCCCCCCACCAACAGGCAGGCGGAGGACGACCAGUCGUGGGGUCCUCACAAGCUGGCCCUCAUCGUGCCCUUCAGGGAGCGCUUCGACGAGCUGCUGGUGUUCGUGCCCUUCAUGCACGACUUCCUGAACAAGAAGAAGAUCCGCCACCAGAUCCUCGUCAUCAACCAGGUGGACCACUACAGGUUCAACCGAGCGUCCCUGAUCAACGUGGGCUUCCUGGAGAGCGGGAAUGACACGGACUACCUGGCGAUGCACGACGUGGAUCUGCUGCCGCUCAACAAGGCUCUGGAUUACGGCUUCCCCUCCGAGGGGCCGUUCCACGUGGCGUCGCCCGAGCUGCACCCCCUGUAUCACUACAAGACCUACGUGGGGGGGAUCCUCAUGCUCACCAAGAAACACUACCACAUGUGUAACGGGAUGUCCAACAGGUUCUGGGGUUGGGGCCGAGAAGACGACGAGUUCUACAGAAGACUGAGGAAAGCCGACUUGCAGCUCUUCAGGCCGAGCGGCAUCACGACGGGAUAUAACACAUUCCUCCACAUCCACGACUCGGCCUGGAGGAAAAGAGACCAGAAGAGAGUCGCCUCGCAGAAACAGGAGCAGUUUAAGGUGGAUCCAGAGGGGGGGCUGACGAACCUCAAGUACCAGGUGGAUUCGAGGCGGGAGCUGAGCAUCAGCGGCGCUCCGUGCACCGUCAUCAACACCCGGCUGGAGUGCGACCAGGACCUGACGCCCUGGUGCCUCCUCACAUAGACACGCAGGAUCUAAAGGUCAGAUUUCAAAAUCCCGCGGCGACGCUCCGAGCGUUUCCACGCUAACGCUGGUCCUGGUUCGAGACUUUGCAGCAGAGGAAACCGUGACUGAACGGAGCAGAAACCCUGCAGAGGAACGUCUUUAUGAUUAUCAGGUACAUCUCAACAAUAAAACUGCUGAUUCACAAGGAAUAAAAAACCGUCGGAUGGUUUUAAGACUUUUAAUUUAUGGACUUUCAGCAGCAGAAACCUCAGUGCACGGACACGGACUUUAGCAGCAAACCACGGCUGUAUUAUUUCAGCGUUUUGGGAUCAUUGUUACAUUUAAAAACUAACAUCUGAAGUGUGUUUCAUGGUACUUUUUUGAGUGUCUGCUGUUGAAAUGCAGAGGGAGGAAGCAGUAAGUAUGUUUUUCUACUUUGUAUUUUUUGUGUCUUCAACAAAACUCGCCAAAGAUUAAAAAAUAA